AUGUCAUUGGUAGUUCCAGAAAAAUUCCAACACAUUCAUCGUGUUAUGAACACAAACAUUAAUGGUAACAGUAAGGUUCCUUAUGCUCUUACUGCUAUUAAGGGAUGUGGACGUCGUUUCUCAUUUGUAUGUUGCCGUAAAGCUGAUGUCGAUCUUACCAAGAGAGCUGGAGAACUUUCAGAAGAAGAUCUUGAAAAGGUUGUCACCGUUAUGCUUAACCCACAACAAUACAAAAUUCCAAAUUGGUUUCUUAACAGACAAAAGGACAUUAAGGAUGGUAAAUCUAUUCAAGCUGUUUCUUCUGGACUUGAUAACAAACUUCGUGAUGACUUGGAACGUAUGAAGAAGAUACGCCUUCAUCGUGGUCUUCGUCACUACUGGGGACUUCGUGUUCGUGGUCAACAUACUAAAACUACUGGACGUAGAGGACGUACUGUUGGUGUAUCUAAAAAGAAGGGAGGUUAA